AUGAACGCUCGCCCGCCGAGCCGGUUCCGCCUCUUCCUCCGCUGGCUCCUCGCCCCGCUGCUCAUCAUGUAUGGCAAGCGCAAGCCGGAGCACCUUCACGCACUUCGCUUCCACCGUUUUGAAACCGAGGACGACGUGGAGGAGGCGCUGUCGCGCCUCGGGUUUGAGUCGUGCCGUGCGCUGGGGCUGGACGUGGAGGCGCGGCCGACGUUUCGGCGCAGCGGCGGCUCGAACCCGGUGGACACGAUCCAGCUGUGCUCCGACCAGGCAUGCGCCGUCGUCUCGCUCGGCCGCGCUGCGCGGCUCCCGCCUCUCCUCAGCAGGCUCGUCGCUUCGGCCAGCGUCCUCAAGUUUGGCGCCGGGGUCGGAGACGACAUCAAGCUGCUCGCCGGCCGGUUCCCGGAAGCCUUCUCGGCCGCCGACGGCGGCGGCGGAGGCGCGAGCGCGAGCGCGUGCGUGGAGCUGGCCGUCCUCGCGCCGCUCACGGGCGCGCCGCCCUUGCCCAUAGGGCUGGAGCUCGACAAGCCGAAGCGGAUCCAGAUGUCGGACUGGUCGCGCGUGCCGCUCUCGGCGCCGCAGAUUCAGUACGCGGCGCUCGACGCGGCGGUCUCGCGCUGGCUCGCCGCGGUGCUGCUCGGCGUGUCGCACUGCGAAGGCCUCGCCGCGGCGGCCGCCCCGCAUGCCGCGGCCGCCCCAUACGCCGGGCUCGGAGGCGGGGGCGCGACGAUCGCGACCCUGCUGCGCGUGCAGGCGGACGGCUCGUGCGACUCGCUCGCGGUCUUGCCGCCGGCCGCGCGCCGCAUCUUCCUCGCAGCAGCCGAGCGGCGCGACGCCGAAAGGCUGGCCAAGGGAGAGAGGAAGCGCGCUGGCAAGGCGGCGAAGAAGGCGGCGGCCGCGGCGGCCGCGGCCGCUACGACGGCGGCGGGGGCGGCGGCAGCGGCGGCGGCAAUGGUGCUGGACGCCCGAGUGUUUCCGCUGCGGCCGCCUCAAGGGCGGUGGGGGCCCGCCGCCGGCCGCUUCGCACCAGAGGAGCGCCAAGCCGAGCCAUCGGCGGCGUAA